AUGAAAUACUUUGUAAUUUUUUUAACAGUUAUAAUUUUUUUUUCAAUUAUUUUAAGAUUGUUAUUUAAGAGAUCAUUAAAAAUACAAAGAAAAUUUAUUAAGGAUAAUUGUAUUAUUUACUUUUGCUUGACUAUUAAAUAUUUUACUAUUGAAGAAAUAAUCAUAGAUAUAGAAUAUAAAAAAAAAAUAUUAAUAAACUUAAAAGAUAUAAAAAUUAAAUUUUCAAAAUGGUGUUUUCAAUUAAAAAUUUUAAAAUUAUUGGUGAACGUUUCAUAUAAUGAAACAAAAAAUCCAGUUUUGAAGAAAAAAGAUAUAAGUUGCAAUUUUCUUCUAAAUUUAUUUUUAAUCUUAUUAAAUGUAAUAGAAUUUUAUAUUGAAGAGUUUCAUUUUUCUAUUAAGAAAAUGAUUCCUAUGAAAAGUGAAAAAACUAAUGAAAAAGAAAUAAAUGAAAUUUUAUCUAAAAAUAAGUCAGCUACUAGAAAUUAUACUUAUAAAAAGGAUUUGAAUUACAUAUCAGAUACAAGAAAUACGAAAUAUCAUGAUAUGUUUCUUACUUUUUUAUUCGAGGUUAUAUUAAAUAACGUAUUCUUAAAAAUUCGUAGAAAAAAUAUUUCAUUAUUAUUCGAGUUAAAUAAAUUUUCUUUUUUUUGUAAUAAUUACUUAGUACUUGAUAUUUCAUCCAGUAAUUUCCUUUUAUUUUAUAAUUAUUUUAUGAAAUCUAUAAGUGUAAAAAUUUAUUUUAUUUUAAAAGCAUUUAUUUAUUUAAACAACUUAUUUGAAUUAUGUUUUUUAUUAAAAAAAAGUAAAUUUUAUCUAAAAAGAAAAAAAUCAAAUAAGUUAAUGUAUUACUUCAAAAAGCUAUUUCAUAAUAUUAAUGUAAAUGUUCAAAUAUUGAAAAUUUAUAUAAAAGAAGAACAAAUAAAGUAUUUUUUGUGCUUUUUUUUAGAAGAAAUUUCAAUAGAAAAAAAUAAAUUAUCAUCAUUAGCUUUUACAAAGAUAAAAAAUUCAUAUUUAUUAUCAAUAGAAAAUAAAGAAUAUUUUAUUUCAAAUGCAUAUGAUACUCUUAUUUUCUUAAAAAAAAGAAAUUUUAGAGAAAAAAGUACAAAAAUUAAUAAUGAAGAAAAUGGCAUACAUCUAUAUCAAAGAAAAAACAAUAAUAGCAUAGUUAUUAGUAGGAGAAGUAGUUUUAAUAAUGAAAAAAAAGUAAUAAAAAAUAAUUCUAACAAAAAUAUUAAAAUAUGUAAUGAAUACUACAUUGAUGAUUUAUGCAACAGCAAAUUGAUGAACAAAAAAAAAAAUGGAAAAGAUGAUAAUGUGAAGAAACUAAGAUUUAAAUUAUACAUUAAUUUCGAUAAAGUAUAUUUAAAUAUAUAUUCCAUAUAUCCUUUAAUUUUUUUAAAAUAUAUGAAAAAAUUAGUUGAUGUUUUUGAUGUAAAAAAGAAUACAAAAGAGAAUUGUUAUUUAUAUUUAUUAAAUAAUAUUCAUUUAAAAGAUAACCCUUUUGGAGAAAUAGAGAAUUUUAAUAAAAUAAUUUAUUCCUAUAAUUAUAAUUUCAAUAGUUGUUAUAAAAGAAAAAUAUUUCAAAAGAAAUUAAAUGAUAAUAAAGAAGUUGAAGAUUAUGAAAAUAUAAGAAAUCUAUUGAGGAAUAGAAAGCUUAUAUUUAGGUUAUUUAUAAGUAAAAUAUUUUGUAAAUUUUAUUACAAAGAAAGUAAUGAUAUAAAAUUUUGUAAUUUUUUAAAUAAAAAAUAUAUAAAAUCUUUUGAAUUAGUUGCAAAUUCCUUAAAUUUCUAUUCAAAAAAAAAUCUUUCUCUUUUUUUUUUGCAAAAUAUUGGAGUAUCUUAUUUUAAUCAAAAUCCGAUUCUUCACAUUAAUCAUUUAAAAAUAACAAAAUUAUAUAAAGAUUUUUUCUUUGAAGUUAAUAAUAUAUAUUUUUUUUUUUCUCCUACUGCAUUAUUAACUAUUAGAAUAGUUAAUUUUAUAUUGGAACUUUUAGGUUAUCUUAACAAUUCUAAUCUUCUUCAAAAAUAUCUCGACAAAAAAAAACCUAAUGAAAGCAAAUUUUUUCUGAAUUUUUCAGUUGUAAAAGCAGAAUCCAAUAAAUUGAAGGUUUUUUCGAAUAGUUUCAAAAUAAUAAUUUUUAAAAAAUAUAUGAAUUUUGUUCUAAAAAAUAAUAUAAUUUCAAGUAAAAAUUUAACAUGUUCAUGUCAUUAUGUAAAUAUAUCAAAUAUUAAAAAGGACAGAAAUUAUAUUUUUAUAUUAUUACACAACAUAAACUGUCAUUUAUGUUUUGAUAAGUAUUUCAUAGAAUUUUUCAAUGAUAUAUAUAAAAUAAUAAACUUCUUUAAAUUUAUAAUAUAUAAAAGUAAGAUCACAUUUCAUAAAGACAAUGAAUUAUCUACUAAAUGUAACAAUAAAAACUUUCUCAGAACAAGAAACAAAAGGUUUAAUUUGAAAAUUUUAAAUAUUAAAGUUGUUGAAAUAGUGAAACAUGUGCAAACAAAAAAAGAAAAAAAAAAAUAUGUAAGUGACGUUAAUAUAUAUAAAAAUAAAAUUUAUAAAAAUUACGAAAUAGUAAGUGAUGAAGAAAUUGUAAAUCAACACUUAAAAUUUUCUAUUUUAAAACACUCUAUAUAUUGUAAUAAUAUGAAGUCAAUAAUUACGAAACAUAAAAUAAAUUAUGAAGAUAAUGACUAUUAUAAAAAUGAGCAUGAAUUAAAUUACUUACUAUCAUAUAAAAAAAUACACUCAAAAAAAAAUGAAUACAAUUCACUAUGUAAAAAACAAAUUAGCUUUAAUAGUACAUUGUCAUUAUUUGAAAAAGAACAUUUCCAAAAAUAUAAGAAAAUAAAUAAAGAUAGAUAUAAUUUUUUUGCAAAAAAUGUAUUUACAUUCAGUGAAUGUGAUUCAUUAACAUAUAGAAAAGAAAAUAAUUUUUAUAAAAAAAUGAAAAAUUCUCAAAAUUAUGAAGAUUAUUCUAAAUUAAAUGAUACUGAAAUAAAAAGUGAUACAGAAAAUAAUUAUAGAAAUAAAACAAUUAAUACAAAUAAUUAUAUUAAAAAUUAUGAAGUGAAGAAUAAAUAUUUAAAUAAAUUAUAUUUGCAAUAUAAUUAUAGAGUAAGUAAAUCUUAUUUUAAUGAAAAAAAUAUAAUCAAUAAAAUAUAUUUGAUGAAUAGUAACUUAAUACAUACAAAAUGCUUGAAAGACGUUGGUAGAGUAUAUGAUAGCAAUAAAGAAAAUCAUAGUUUCUUAAAAAAAAUAGCAAAAAGAAUAUAUUUAAAAAAAAAAAAUAAUAAGACAAAAAAAACCAAGUUCAUUAAGUUAUUAUUAGUAUUAGAUAAAAUAGAAAUGUUCAAUGAGAAAUAUUUAAAUAUUACAAUAAGAAAUUGUUUCUUCUUUUUUUUUAAAAAUUUUAUAGAAGUCAAAUUAACUGACUUAUUUUUUAUAUUCGAAUAUAUAAAAAGAAAAAAUGAAUAUUUGUUUUUUCUUUUAAAUUAUUUAAUAAUACACUUUUACAAAUAUAUUAUAUUUUGUUCAUUUAAUGAAGAUAUAAAUGUUUUUUUGAAAAAAAACAAAAUGCAAAAAAAAAUUUCUAACAUUAAAUUAUCUUUAAAUAAAACCAAACUUAUUUUAACUAAUCAAGAUUAUAGAAAUAUUGCAGGAUAUAUAUUUGAUAAAAUACAAUAUUGCAAGAAAUAUGAGAAUAAAAAAAUAAAAAUAAACAACAAGGAUAUGAUAAGUGAGAAUAAAGGGAUUAUUCAUAAUAUAUUUUUUUUUAUAUGUAAUAAUUUUAAAAUUAUAAUUGAAAGUUCUUUUUUAGAAGCUCAUUUAUUUUUUGAAUAUAUAUGUGCUUUUACAUUAUCUUAUAAAAAUUUUUUUAUUUCUUUACACAAGAAAGAUGAAAUUUCUAUUAAUUCACUAAUUCAUCAUUUUUUAUUAUCUUACGGAUUUUUUACGAAUAUGAGUGACAAUUUAAAUUUAGACAUAAUAUAUAAAGGGAACAUGUAUAUUUUUAAAAAGAUUUUUCAAAAACUAAAAAUAAAAGAUAAUAUAAAUACUAUUAUUCAAUGUAAAAAAAACAAACUAAAUGAAUUACUAUACAUAAAUUUAAUAAGUAUUAAAAUUAUUACACUAUUAAAAACUUUUAUAAAUAAAGUUGACAAUUUAAAUAGCAAUUCAAAUAAAAAUUUGAAAUAUAUUACAUUUUAUAAAAAUGAGUAUAAUAAAAAAGUAGAUAUAGAAAAAAAUAGAGAGCAAAAAGAACAAGAAGAAGAGGAUGGAAAAGAAAAAGAAAUAAGAUAUAAUGAAAGAAUAAUAUUUUUAAAUGUAAAUGUAAUAGGCAGAGCAAAAAAUGAGUCACUAAUUAAUUAUAAUAUUUCACCUCUUCAAAUUUUAUUUUUUUUUGAUAUAAUAAAAAAUUUGAAUUUUUUUCUAAAUGAACUAUAUUUUGAACUAGAAAAAUUAUUUACAAAUGCUAAUUAUAAUGAUAAUUUUUUUGAUAAAAAUUUUAAUAAUAUAAUAAUUAAAAAAAAUGAGAGAAAAAUUAAAAAUAAAAAAAUAUUAAAUAUUAAACUUAAGUUAAGUAUGACAAACCUUCAUUUAAAAUUUUAUAUUUUUAGAUUAUAUUUAAAAAAUAUACUAUUAAACAAUUAUGAAGUAAAUGAAAUUAAUGAUGAAAAAAGAAGUAAUAAUUAUGAUAAUGUAAAUUAUUUUUUGUUUUUUGAAAAUUUAUUGUUGUCUUUUGAACAUAAUGUAACUAAUAUUAAUAAAAUUAAAGAAAAUUAUAUUUUUGUGAAUGACAUUAGGAAUUUUUUACCUUCAAUUUUUUGGAAUAUAUACCAACGUGUUUUACCAGAAUAUUGCUAUGUUGAAGAAAACGUUUUUAAAAUUUUGCAUAUAUAUAAUAUAGACAUUUUAAUAAAAAAGAAAAAAAAAAAUUUUUUUUCUUUUAAUAAUGUAAAAAUGUAUGUUAAUGAUAAAAUAAUAGAGAUAUUAAAGAUUUUUUCCAGUAAAAUUGAUAAUACUUUUAUUUUUAAGAGAAAUAGUUUAAAAUAUUCCAAACAUGAAUGUACUUUUGGUAAGGCAGUAAAACAAUCAAUAUUUUAUAUAAAUAAUUUUGAAAUAAACUUUUAUAAAAUAGUUGAAAUGAAAAGUAGGAAAAAGAAAAGCUUUGAUAAAAAGAAAAAAAAAAAAAAGUUUUUUCUUGAAGAUAAUUCUUCUGUAAAUAAAAAAAAUGAGAAAAAAAAAAUAGGAGAGAUUAAUUAUGUACACAUAGAUAAUAAUGAGGAAAAUAAAAAUAAAAUUUCUAAUUAUAUAUUUGAAAAAAGAAUGCAAUUUUUAAAGAAAAAGAUUAAAAAAAAAAAGGAUAAAAGGGAAUUUAUUCAAAGUAAUGGAAAUACUCUAUUGAUUGGAAAAAAAGAUAUUUCGUUGUAUAUGAAAAUUCUAACAAAUUUAAAAAAUGAAAUAUGUAUUCCAUUUAACCGUUAUUAUAAUUUUUUUUUUCAUCCGUUUUUUUUUUUUUGUUAUCAAGAUAUAUUUGAUUGCUCAUACACAGAAAAGUAUGACAACGCUUGCAGUAAUAUAUCAUUAACUUUUGUUGAUUGUGAAAAUCAAAUUUUACUUUUUUUUUAUAAAAUUAUUGUUAAAUAUAAUAAAAUUAUAGAUGAAAAAAAAAUUUCUAUAUUUUUUAAAAAUAUUUCGUCUUAUUAUAUAAGUUCAUUUCAUUUAUUUAAUAUAAAUAAAUAUAGUAAAGUAAAAAAAAGCUUUACAAAAGACAAGUUUUCCUUCUUAAUAAGAAGAAAUAAGAGUAGUUUCAGAGAAAGUGAUCAUAGUGACGAACUACUACUUCAGAAUUUAUAUGAGAAACAAAUACAUAAACAAAAAAAAGAAAAAAAGAAAAAAAAAAAUAAGAAAAAAAAAAAACAUAAGAACUCACAAGAUAGUAGAGAUAAAAAAAUAAAACUGUUUUAUGGUAAAAAUUUCGAUGAAAGUAAUUUCCAUGUAGAUUUUAAUCAAAACUCAUAUUCAAAAUUAGACAAGAAAAAAUAUUAUAGUGAUGAAUAUUAUUAUAAAGAUAAUGAAUUUAACAUGGUAGAAAAAAAUGAAAUUCAUGAUGAUUUCAUAAAUAAUAAUAAUAAUAAUAAAUCUCGUUUAAGUAUAAAUUACAUGUCUGAUGAAAUAAACGAAAUAAAAAAAAAAAUGAAAUUGUUUUUUUGUUUACCUAAUAAAUAUGAUAUAUUAUCUCCUUUCUUAUACACAAAAGAAUUAAACAUAGUUAUAAAAGAAGAUAACAGAAGUUUGAUAAAUUUAGAUAAAAAUGUAAUGAAUAUAUUUUUAUACUUUGAUUUUACAAUUAUAUUAUUUAAUAAAAAAGUGUUAGAUUAUUUCUACUAUUUAAGCAAACAAAUUAUGCAUUUCUCUUUAAAAAAAAAUGAGCAAAUGAAAAAAACUAAUUACAAAAAUGCUAAUAAAAAUGUUAUAUUAUCUUCAGUUCACAAUUAUAUUUACUCUUUUUUUUCUCGAAAUAAUUUUAAUAGUAACAUAAAUAUUAAUGAAUUCAAGACUUUUUAUUAUUUUCAUUUUGUAAUGAAUAAAAUUAUUAUUGAGUUUAUAAAAAGAGAUUACACAAAUUAUAUUAUAUCUUUAUAUCACAUAUAUUUUUUAUUAAAAAAAAAAAGCCAGUAUACUCUUGAAUUAAAUAUAAAUGAUUUUUCAAUAGAAAAAAUUAAAAAUUUAAAGCAUCUAAGUAUAAUUUCUAUUGAUAAAAAUGAUGAUAGUAUAAUACCUAAUUGGAUUUCAAGUUAUUAUGAAAAAUUAGAUAACAAAAAAGUUUCUAAUUUUUCACUUAAUCAAGAAAAUGAUAUGAAUCUCUGUAAAAAUUUUUUAACAUUAAAAAUGAAAUUUUUUAAAAUUUUUCUUUUUCAAAAUUGGAAUGUUAUUGAAAAACUAAAUUUGAGUUUAUGUAAUAUAAAUUUGUAUAUGGACAAAAGUACCAUGAAUGAUCUUUGUCUUUUAAAACAUUUUAUAUUAAAGAAACAAAAAGAGAAAAAAAGGAGAGAAAAAAAAAAAAAAAAUUUUUCUCAUUAUUUUUAUGUACACUCUUUAGAAAUUUCUUCUAUUCUAGUCAAAGCAACUAUAUAUGGAUUACAUGAAAUGAAUUUGAAGUUAAAUAUAAAUCAGUUCAAUGAAGAAAAAAAAUUAACAUAUUUAAAGAAGAUAUUAAAGAAAUACAAAAAGCACGUUUUAAAAUAUGUAGGAAGUAUUUUAAUUACAAGGAAAUUUUUAGAUUUAAUAAAAAAAGGAAAAACAAAUUCUCAGCAAUUAAAAUAUAAUAUUAAAGAAAAAUAA